GGCUGGGUCAUCGCUGGAAGCGGAAGCGUCAGGCGUGAGGAUGGAGGCAGCGGGCGAGAGAGUGCUGCUGGAGGUCCCGGGGGUCUCGAUCCACCCGAGGCUCCGCCCCUGCCCCCCCCACCGCGACGGGCUCGUGAGGGGGCGGCUGCGCGUGCUCGAGGGGGCUGAUGGGCUCGUGCUGCACUGGGAACCCCUCGAGGGGCCGGGGGAGGCCCCCGAGGACACGGAAGGGGCGGAGCCACCGGACCCCGGGGGGCGGAGCCUGGAUCCUGAACAGCUGCGGGGGCGGAUCUUCCGCGGGGGGCUCAGCCCCGAGGUUCGCCCCCAGGGCUGGCGGCUGCUGCUGGGGGGGGACAACGAGGACCCCCGGGAGCGGAGGGACUCCUAUUUCCGCAUGAAGCUCCAGUGGCGCUCCCUGAGCCCGGGGCAACUGCAGCGGAACCGGCUGCUGCGGCGCUACCGGCAUCGCCUGGAGCGGGACCUUGCCCGGUGCCAUAGGGACGCCUCCAGCCAGCAGAGGGCGCUGUUGCAUGACGUGCUCAUGACGUACUGCAUGUACCACUUCGACCUGGGGUACGUGCGGGGCAUGAGCGAGCUGCUGCCCCCCCUCCUGUGUGUGACCCCCGACGAGGUUGAAGCCUUUUGGGGGUUCAGCAGCAUCAUGGAGCUGGUGGGGAGUAGUUUUGGGCCGACCCAGGAGAGGCUGAAGCAGCAACUGGGAGAAGUGGGGCAGUUACUGGGAGUGCUGGAGCCGCGGCUGGGCGAGCGCAUGGAGGCCGGGGGCACCCUGAGGUGCUGCUCCCGGUGGCUCCAGCUCCGCUUCCAGCCCCUGCUGGGGCUCGAGGGGACCCUCAGGCUGUGGGAGGUGCUGUGGACGGGGCUGCCCGGCCCCAACUUCCUGCUGCUGCUGGUCUGUGCCCUCCUGGAGCUGAGCGUGGACACGGGGCACGGCACCGGGAACACCGGGAACAGCACCGGGAACACCGGGAACAGCACCGGGGACAGCGGGGACAGCGAGGAGGAUGAGGAGGAUGAGGAGGAUGAGGAUGCGGACGUCCCCCCCCACCCCGGGGACACCGGCAGGGACAGGGAUGGGGACGGCGAGAGGGAGGAGGGCCCGCGGCUGGACCCGGAGCUGGUGCUGAGCCGGGCCGAGGGGUUCCUGCUGCAGCUGAAGGCAGCGCCUGACCUGCCCCCGGCGCUGCGGGAGCUGCUGGGAUUGGGGGGGCCCCCCCCGAGCCCCCCCCGGACACCACCGGCGACCCCCCCCCCAGCACCUUGAUGUGGGGUCGUGUCCCCCCCCCCGUUGCUGCUGGAGGGGGGGCCCCGAAAGUGGGGACCCCCCCUUUGUGCUGCAAUAAAGGUGUUGGUGCCCUAUAGACCCCCCUGAAA